GUUCCUUUCGAGUGUGCCGUCAGGGCGCAUGCGCCGCCUGCGUCCCGUCGCUCCCGCCUCGGGCUCGCGCUAGGGCUCCGGGAUGUCCGCGUUGUGCGACCCUCCCGGGGCCCCAGGGCCUCCCGGGCCGGCCCCGGCCACCCACGGUCCCGCGCCUCUCAGUGCCCAGGAGCUGUCCCAGGAAAUCAAGGCUUUUCUGACUGGUGUGGACCCUGUUCUGGGGCACCAGCUCUCGGCCCGGGAGCAUGCGCGCUGUGGUCUCCUCCUGCUCCGCUCCUUGCCACCCGCUCGGGCCGCUGUGCUGGACCACUUGAGAGGUGUCUUUGAUGAGAGUGUCCGGGCCCAUCUGGCUGCCCUGGACGAGAGCCCUGUGGCUGGUCCACCUCACCUCCGCCCACCCGCACCCUCCCACGUCCCCGCUGGGGGACCUGGCCUAGAGGAUGUGGUGCAGGAAGUGCAGCAGGUGCUGUCUGAGUUUAUCCGGGCCAACCCGAAGGCCUGGGCACCUGUGAUUAGUGCGUGGUCCAUUGAUCUCAUGGGGCAGCUGAGCAGCACAUACUCGGGCCAGCACCAGCGCGUGCCCCACGCCACUGGCUCUCUGAAUGAACUGCUGCAGCUGUGGAUGGGCUGCAGGGCCACACGCACACUAAUGGACAUCUAUGUGCAGUGCCUCUCGGCUCUCAUUGGGAGCUGUCCGGAUGCGUGUGUGGAUGCUCUGCUGGACACCUCCGUCCAGCAUUCCCCACACUUUGACUGGGUUGUGGCACACAUUGGUUCCUCCUUCCCUGGCACUAUCAUCUCCCGGGUGCUCUCCUGUGGCCUCAAGGACUUCUGUGUCCAUGGUGGGGCUGGAGGUGGGGCUGCUGGGAGUGCUGGCAGCUCUUCCCAGCCUUCCUCCACAGACCCCUUCCCUGGAUCUCCUGCCAUCCCUGGGGAGAAACGGGUGCCCAAGAUUGCGUCCGUUGUGGGCAUCCUAGGGCACCUGGCCUCCCGCCACGGAGACAGCAUCCGACGAGAGCUCCUGCGGAUGUUCCAUGAUAGCCUGGCAGGGGCCUCGGGGGGACGGAGCGGGGACCCCUCUCUUCAGGCCACAGUUCCCUUCCUCUUGCAGCUGGCAGUUAUGUCGCCCGCUUUGUUGGGCACGGUCUCUGGAGAGCUUGUGGACUGCCUCAAGCCGCCCACUGUGCUGAGUCAGCUACAGCAACACCUGCAGGGCUUUCCCCGAGAGGAGCUGGACAACAUGCUAAACCUGGCUGUGCACCUGGUGAGCCAGGCCUCGGGGGCAGGUGCCUACCGCCUGCUGCAGUUCCUAGUAGACACAGCCAUGCCCGCCUCAGUCAUUACCACCCAAGGCCUGGCUGUGCCAGACACCGUGCGUGAGGCCUGCGACCGGCUGAUCCAGCUGCUGCUACUGCACCUGCAAAAACUGGUCCAUCACCGUGGAGGGUCUCCUGGAGAAGGGGUGCUGGGCCCACCCCCGCCUCCUCGCCCGGUGCCUUUUCUAGACGCAUUAAGAAACCAUGUCGGAGAGCUGUGUGGAGAGACAUUACGACUAGAACGGAAACGCUUCCUCUGGCAGCACCAGCUCCUGGGCCUGCUGUCCGUCUAUACCCGGCCAAGCUGUGGACCUGAGGCUUUGGGUCAUCUCCUGAGCAGAGCCCGAAGCCCCGAAGAACUGAGUUUGGCCACCCAGUUAUAUGCAGGGCUGGUGGUCAGUCUCUCUGGCCUCUUGCCCCUGGCCUUCCGAAGCUGCCUGGCCCGAGUGCAUGCGGGGACCUUACAACCUCCUUUCACAGCCCGCUUCCUGCGCAACCUAGCCCUGCUGGUGGGCUGGGAGCAGCAGGGCGGGGAGGGACCUGCCUCCCUCGGGGCUCGGUUUGGGGAGUCAGCCUCAGCUCACCUGUCUGACCUGGCUCCUCUCCUGCUACACCCUGAGGAGGAAGUAGCGGAAGCUGCUGCCUCCCUCCUAGCAAUUUGUCCCUUUCCUCUGGAAGCCCUGUCCCCAUCCCAACUCCUGGCACUGGUGAGGGCUGGGGUGCACCGCUUCUUUGCCUCUCUGAGGCUGCACGGCCCCCCAGGCGUGGCCACAGCCUCCCAGCUGCUCACUCGCCUCUCUCAGACCUCGGCGGCAGGGCUCAAGGCUGUCCUGCAGCUGCUAGUGGAGGGAGCCUUACAUCGGGGCAACACGGAACUGUUUGGAGGGGAAAUGGACGGGGACAGUGAGUCCCUCUCUGUGGUCUCCGCUCCUUUGGCUUCUGCCUCCCUGCUGGACACAAACCGGCGGCACACCGCAGCUGUGCCAGGUCCCGGAGGCAUCUGGUCCGUUUUCCACGCUGGAGUCAUCGGCCGGGGCUUGAAGCCUCCCAAGCUUGUGCAGUCCCGGAAUCAGCAGGCAGUCAUCUAUAACACCCAGAGCCUCCUCAGCCUCCUGGUGCGCUGCUGCAGUUCCUCUGGGGGCACUGACUGUGGGGGAUGCUGGGGGGCUCCCACCCUGAGCCCGGAGGCAGCCAAAGCAGUGGCAGUGACCUUGGUGGAGAGUGUGUGCCCAGACGCGGCUGGUGCAGAGCUGGCCUGGCCCCCUGAGGAGCAUGCCCGGGCCACUGUGGAGCGGGAUCUCCGGAUUGGCCGGCGCUUCAGGGAACAGCCUCUGCUCUUUGAGCUGUUAAAGCUGGUCGCAGCUGCUCCUCCCGCCCUGUGCUACUGCUCCGUGCUGCUGCGGGGGCUGCUGGCUGCCCUCCUGGGUCACUGGGAAGCCUCUCGACACCCCGACACAACCCACUCGCCCUGGCACCUGGAGGCGUCCUGCACCCUGGUGGCUGUCAUGGCUGAAGGCAGCCUCCUGCCCCCAGCGCUGGGUAACAUGCACGAGGUAUUUAGCCAGCUGGCACCUUUCGAAGUGCGCCUGUUGCUGCUCAGCGUCUGGGGCUUUCUUCGGGAGCACGGGCCCUUGCCCCAGAAGUUCAUCUUCCAGUCUGAGCGUGGCCGCUUCAUCCGGGACUUCUCCAGGGAGGGUGGGGGUGAGGGUGGCCCCCAUCUAGCUGUCCUACACAGUGUCCUCCACCGCAACAUCGACCGCCUGGGCCUUUUCUCUGGCCGUUUCCAAGCACCCUCGCCAUCCACCCUCCUCCGACAGGGGACGUAGCCUCCCCAGUGCUCCAGAAGCGAGGGGAGAUUGAACGGUGAGGGAAGGGACUGAGGCGCUACUGAACACGUCAAGGCUUCUCAGUUCUUGGCCUGAACGGAGCUGUCACGUUUCUCCCCUCCCCCACUCCCACCGGCUUUUUUUUUUUUUUUUCUAAAUAAACAUAUGCGGAGUUGAAAA